GUGUCAGGGAAGACAGUGACACCGAAUUCUCAUUAUUUUCCACGAGAUUUCUACUUAUAUCACAAACGACAGGGUUUAAAGUCAGAGUUAGAGUGACUCCUCGGUUCCUUCCAUCCGAAGCUGCUUUUGGAAGAAGUAGUAUCUACAGUUAUUUCCUAAAACCUCUUAAAUACACACUCAAACUUCUCAGAGGGAAAACUUGACCUUUUGCACUACCCAUUUUCAAUCAGUUUCUUUGAGGUGAUCAAGGAGGCAAACAGAGCAUGGAAGAGGCACUCGUGGGGGAUGUUAUUGACAACACACAGCAGCAGAACAAUACACGUGAUGUUCUUCCAUUUGCUAGAAGCUAUCAACUUGAAGCAUUGGAUAAUGCUUUGCGUGAGAAUACCAUAGUGUACCUGGAGACUGGUUCCGGCAAGACUUUGAUAGCGAUCAUGCUUCUUCGCAGCUAUGCUCAUCAUCUGAGAAAGCCUUCUUCUUCUAUUGCAGUGUUCUUGGUUCCCCAAGUUGUGUUGGUUUCUCAACAAUCUGAAGUCGUGAAAAAGCAUACUGAUUUAAAAGUGGGAACGUAUUGGGGAGCCAUGGGAGUUGACUUCUGGGACGCUGCUAUGUGGAAACAAGAAGUGGAGAAACAUGAGGUGCUUGUCAUGACUCCUGCAAUAUUGCUGAGUUGCCUGAGGCAUAGCUUCCUCAAACUUAAUAUGAUUAAGGUUUUAAUAAUGGACGAGUGCCAUCAUGCUAGGGGCAAACACCCUUACGCCUGCAUCAUGACUGAGUUCUAUCAUCACCAAUUAAAUUUAGGUGUCACCGAUCUCCCUCGAAUUUUUGGGAUGACUGCAUCUCCAAUUAAGUCAAAAGUCGGAAAUUCGGAAUUAUCCUGGUCAGAGAAUAUUCGGACUCUAAUUACACUAAUGCAUUCUAAGGUAUAUACAUGUGUAAGUGAAGCUGUCCUCGCAGAGUUCAUGCCAUCAUCAACACCAAAAUUCAAGUUUUAUAGGGACAGUGGAAUUCAAUUUGCUUUAUUUGAAGACUUAGCUUUGAAACUCAAGAUAUUAAAAGAGCAGCAUGGAUCCACUCUAAGAAGUUCAGAUUUCACUAAAUCAUCUGCUGAGUCUGCAGAAAAAAGAAUAGCAAAGAUUUUUUGCGCUUUAAUGUUUUGCCUGGAUGAGCUUGGUGUUUGGUUGACUUUAAAGGCUGCAGAAUCUUUGUCAUCCAAUGAAUUCGAAUCAUUUUCAUGGGGACAUUGUGGGGAUACAGUUGUUAAAAACUUUAUUUUGGCUUGUGUGCAGACACUGAAAACUUACUUACCAUGCGGUCCUCAGUGGUCUAUUGGCAACAAUAUUAAAUCUGAUGUGGAGAUGGGGCUGUUGACCACCAAAGUUUGUUGUCUUAUUGACUCUCUACUUGAGUACAGGGGUUUGACUGACAUAAGAUGCAUAAUUUUUGUGCAAAGGGUCGUUACAGCCAUUGUCCUUCAGGAUCUAUUGAAUACCUUACUUCCAACAAUCAAUAACUGGAAGACAAAAUUCAUUGCUGGACACAAAUAUCGAUUACAAAAUCAGUCUAGGAAAGAACAAAAUAAAAUUGUGGAAGAAUUUCAUUUGGGUUUGGUUAACAUCAUUGUUGCAACAUCAAUUCUUGAAGAAGGUUUAGAUGUUCAGACUUGCAAUCUAGUUAUUAGAUUUGAUCCAUCUCCUACAGUGUGUAGUUUUAUACAGUCCCGAGGGCGAGCCAGAAUGAAAAAUUCAGAUUACUUAUUAAUAGUUAAGAGUGGGGAUUCAGCUACAUGUUCUCGACUAGAGAAAUACCUUGCAAGUGGGGAUAUUAUGAGGAAGGAGGCAUUACGUUAUUCUUCACUUCCAUGUGAUCCUUUAGAAGGUGAUCAAUUUGACGAAGAAACUUAUCGCGUUGCAAACACUGAUGCCUUUGCAAAUCUUAGUUCUAGCAUUAGUUUGAUUCACUUGUAUUGCUCACGGCUCCCUGCAGAUGGGUACUUUAAACCAGCUCCAAGGUGGGACAAAGAGACCGCAACUUUAUAUCUUCCCAAGAGCUGUCCGCUAAAGCCUAUUCAUGUAGAAGGUGACAAAAAUCUCUUAAAGAAUAUUGCAUGCCUUGAAGCAUGCAAACAACUUCACAAGAUUGGAGCUCUGACAGAUAAUCUUGUUCCUGAUAUUGUCAUUGAAGAAGCAGAGAUGGAGGAAUUUGGGAAUGAACAUUAUGAUGAAAACCAACCAAUUUAUGCUCCAUUUGAAUUGGUCAAUUGUGUGCCAAAUAGUAGUCACACAACUUACCAUUGUUAUUUGAUGGAGUUCAGUCAAAAAUUUUGCUAUCAUACAUCUGUGCAAGAUCUUUUUCUUGCCUUAAGAAUUAAGCUUGAUCCAGAAAUUGGAUGCAUGCAAUUUGAUAUGGAUUUUGAUAAAGGUAGUGUCUCGGUAAAGUUAAGUCACAAAGGAACCAUUAAUCUUUCCUUAGAUCAGGUUCUUUUAUGUAAAAAAUUCCAGGUCACUUUGCUUAGAAUUCUGAUAGACAAUUGUAUGGAUAAGUUCACAACUGGUUUAGACAAAUGCUUUUUGAAAGAUGAUCUUGAGAUUGAUUAUCUUCUGCUUCCAGCUACUGGUAAACAUCCAAAUUCAAAAAUUGAUUGGUUAAUUGUUAAUUCUGUAAAUCCAUCUAAUAUUAGGUGUAAGUAUCAUCAACCCCACAUAAGUACAAAAAGUGGUCUAGUUUGCACUUGUAAGCUACAGAAUGCAUUGGUGUGUACUUCACAUGCUGCUGGUAACAUUUAUUUCUAUAUCACUACUGGUGUUAUGGAAUUGGACACAAACUCGCAUAUGAUCCUAAGGAAUGGUGAAAUAACUACAUACAAGAAGUACUUUGAUCAAUAUCAUGGUAUUCAAUUGCAAUUUGAACAUCAGCGGCUUCUCAAAGCAAAACACAAGUUUCAAGUUAAAAAUCACUGUCAUGGACUCAGACAGCGAAAGGAAAGAGAAGCAAGCCAUUCCUUCGUUGAAUUACCCCCAGAACUAUGCUCUAUAGUAAUGUCACCGAUAACAGAUGGUGUAAUUUAUUCCUUCUCAUUUAUUCCAUCAAUCAUGCAUCGGCUUGAAUCAUUGCUUUCAGCUUUCAACUUAAAAAAGAUGUACUCAGAUCAUUGCACAGAAAAUGAAAUUCAAACAACCAAGGUGUUGGAAGCAAUCACUACGAAAGGGUGCAAAGAGGCCUUUCAUUAUGAGUCUCUAGAGACUCUUGGUGAUUCUUUUUUAAAAUAUGCUGCCAGUCAAUUGCUGUUUAAAACAUAUCAAAAUCACCAUGAAGGACUGCUUAGUGUGAAGCGUGAAAAGAUCAUAUCCAAUACUGCCCUCUGCAAGUUAGGGUGCAAUUCUGGACUUGCGGGCUUCAUACGAAAUGCGCCUUUUGAUCCUAAUGUCUGGAUUAUUCCUGGUGAUUAUUCGAGAACUUUUAAAUACACAGAGUUGAUUACCAAGGGGAAAAAGAAUUAUGUUUAUGGAAAAAGAAAAUUAAAACGGAAGAUCAUUGCUGAUGUUGUUGAGGCACUAAUUGGUGCCUUCCUCAGCACUGGUGGUGAAAAAGCUGCGUUGAUGUUUAUGGAUUGGGUUGGGAUUAAAGUGAGUUUUGAUAAAAUAGCCUAUGAUAGGCACUUUGACAUUCAACCAGAGAAGCUGGUAAAUGUCGAAUUUCUGGAAUCUAAAUUAAAGUACUCAUUUCAUGACCGUUCUCUUUUAGUGGAAGCUCUAACCCAUGGUUCCUACAUGCUUCCUGAAGUUCCUAGAUGUUAUCAGCGAUUAGAAUUUCUGGGAGAUUCAGUCCUUGACUAUUUGAUAACUUGGUAUUUGUACAAUAAAUAUCCUGGCAUGUCCCCUGGUCAGUUAACUGACAUGAGAUCAGCUUCUGUGAAUAAUGAUUGUUAUGCAUGGUCUACCAUUAAACAUGGAUUGCACAAACAUGUACUCCAUGCAUCACAAGAACUGCAUAUGCAUAUUGCUGUCACACUUAACAAUUUUGAGAAGUUGUCGUCGUCAUCAACUUUUGGAUACGAGUGUGAGACAUCGCUCCCUAAGGUACUUGGAGACAUUUUAGAGGCUCUAGCUGGAGCCAUUCUUGUUGAUUCAGGAUAUAAUAAGGAGGUUGUGUGGCAAAGCAUCAAGCCACUUUUGGAACCCCUUGUAACACCUGAAACAUUGAAGCUCCAUCCAAUCAGAGAGUUUUAUGAAGUUUGUCAGAAAAAAAGCUAUAAAAUUAUACAAGAUGUGGUGUCUCGCAAAGGAGGUGUGACCAAUUAUAGAAUGGAGGUAGAAGCUGAUGGGGUUAUUCAUGAGUAUGAGUACAUUGGUGCUGUACUUAAGGACACAGCAAAGAAGAUUGUUUGUAAGGAACUUUUGAAUUCCUUAAAGAAAUGAUAUCAUUUGGGUAAAUAAGUUUGAAAAAGUUGUUAUUGUGUAUGCACAAGGGUUAACCAAGUCAUUGUAGGAUGUAAAAAGACUUGCUAAAAUUUCUUAGUUUUAUGCAAGUGUUCUAAUAUUAAUCAUAAUUUAAUUCAAGUCCAGUGAAAAUUAUUUAACGACUGUAUAGUUUAAUAUUUUGUUUUUAGUUCCGGAAUGAGUAUUCAGGAAUACAAGUUAACAUUUGGUAAAUAAAAAUUUUCAUGAGUGUAGAUAUUUGGAUUCUAAUGUUCCAGUUAUAAACAUAUCACUGUCUUCCUAUUUUAAGUAAUAUGAAAAGUUCAUUUCUCACAAC